AUGAGUGCAUCAGCCGAAGACAUAGUUCCACCCCCUGGCAGAUGGCCAGCUGAUCCUCAGGACGACCUACCCAUCUCAGAGGAUCGUAUCUGGGUAGAUGGGUGUUUUGAUUUUAGUCAUCACGGUGGGGGUCGAAUCUUCUUUCUCUUUGGCCUGUUCUUGAAAGCUGAGUCUUGUGUCCUAGGACACGCUGGUGCCAUGCUGCAGGCCCGUAAAUUAGGCAGAGAACUUUAUGUCGGCGUACAUUCCGACGAGGCGAUCCUUGAGAACAAGGGUCCAACUGUGAUGAGAUUGGAGGAGAGAGUAGCUGCAGUAGAAGCGUGCCGAUGGGUAACUCGCUGUGUUCCAUCGGCCCCUUACGUGACCUUCCUGCCUUGGGUGUCACAUUAUGGAUGCAAGUAUGUCGUGCAUGGUGAUGACAUAACCUCCGACAGCAACGGUGAAGACUGCUAUCGUUAUGUGAAGGCUGCAGGCCGCUUCCGAGUGGUUAAAAGAACACCAGGAAUAUCAACAACAGACCUUGUUGGGCGUAUGCUUCUCUGUACCAAAGGGCACUUCGUCAGAAGUGUGAAGGGUAUGAUCAAUGGCAAAGAAGGCUCUGGCAGCGAACAGGAACGCACACAAUCUGCCGAGAAUCUGCUCCAGAGAAUCCGUGACUACGCAACUGAUGAGACCGGUCUACAACCAGGCCCCUGUGUCUGGGUGUGGAAUGGCUCCAGCUCCGCCAAGCUAGGAAAUACAACUGAAGAGCCCGGAUCUUUUGAACAGAUUGUUGGGGGAAAGCUACCGAGGCCGGGGCAACGUAUUGUGUAUGUGGAUGGGGGUUUUGAUUUAUUUUCCUCGGGUCAUAUUGAAUUUCUGCGCCAAGUCCUCGAUUCAGAAAAACUCGAAGGCCACCGCCGCCAUUGGUAUGACUAUGAAGCCAGGGAAAAGAGAAUUAAGGACCAUGGCGAAGAUUAUGAGCCGGCGUUUGUUGUUGCUGGCAUCCAUGACGAUGACGUCAUAAAUUACUGGAAAGGACUCAAUUACCCCAUCAUGAAUAUUUUUGAGCGUGGACUGUGUGUCCUUCAGUGUCGCUACAUUCAUGCUGCCGUAUUUUCGGCUCCCUUCUCCCCGAGCCAGCCAUAUCUGGAAGCAAUGCCUCUGGGUGUACCAGAUGCAGUUUACCAUGGUCCCACGACGUUCAUACCUCUAACCUAUGAUCCCUAUAUUGCCCCAAAGAAGAUGGGUAUUUUCAAGGAAACUCCGAGCCAUGCCUAUCAGCACGUCAAUGCUGGUGAAAUCGUCGACAGAAUUUUGAAGAGUAGAGACGCAUACGAGGCGAGACAACGUGCUAAAGUGGAAAAAGGCGUUAUCGAGGGUUUAGCCAAAUCGAAAGAGGAAAGUAUAGCAUGAAUCGCGGGUGGCAUCCACCAUAGUUUAUUUCAAGACAUUGGAUCAGUGCCGGUGGUUGGCAGACGCGCAUUAUGAAUAAACAAAAUAUGGGAUCUGGAAUUCGAACUGUAAUCCGGCCAUUUCUGGCUUGUGAUACUUUAUACACAUAUCCCAUAGGUACAGGGAAAAUCGUUCCGAAGGUGAUUCCCCACUCGGGAAACUCCCAUGGAUGUUGGUGUUCCAAUCUUUCUCGGCGAGUGUAUAGGUGCAGCAAUAGACCAAUAGAUUGCAUUCUUUUUGUCCUUUCCAGUAACAAGGUAAUCGAACAGUCUGCAUGACUAGAAUUAGGGCCCGACCAAAGCACACAACAAUGAAUCAUAGGAAAGGAAGAUAAUCUGCUCGUGACUAGUCUGCCGCCACGAGCACGCCCUUUUCUUCAAGCAUUUUGGCGAGCUCCCCGUUCUGGUG